UAACGUAGAUCAUUCUAGUCUAAAUUUUGCUCAGUUCGUAUCUGCUUCUACUCGACCGGCUCCACCAUGGAAAUCAAUAUGGAUAAGAAGUACGAAGAAGAUUGGAAAAAUUUUUGCGACCACGGAGACAUAGGGGAUGACUGGUGCAGUGAAGAGGUUGUUCAAGCCAUUUUGACCUGGAUUAAGACCAAUAUCGAAUUUGAUGAUCCUAUUCUGGACAUAGGAUGCGGGAAUGCUGCCUUCAUUUUCCAAAUGUACCACAAGGGAUAUACAAACGUUACCGGAAUUGAUAAAUCUCCAAAUGCCAUAAAAUUGGCCACAGAAAUUUCUCAUCAAGAGUGUGCCAAAGUUAGGCUAGAGGUUUGCAACGUGCUUGGCUCAGUUCCCUCUGAUGCUCCAGAUUCCCCGUUAAACAAAAAGUAUCGAUUGGUAUUGGACAAGGGCUUGUAUGAUUCGGUCGUUCUAGCCAGCACAAGCACUGAGGGCUCCCAAACCAAAGCAAAACACUUUCGCGAUAAUUACGUAAAAAGGACGUCCCAACUUCUUCAACCCGGUGGAAUUCUAUUGGUAGCAACAUGCUGUCAUACUGAAGAGGAAAUGAAACAAACAAUCGGCAAAAAUGUUUUUGAUGUUCUCGAGGUGCUUUCAACUCCUACUUUUGAAUUUGGAGGAAAGAAAGGACAUAACGUAACUGUCGUCGCGUUUCGCAGAAAACACUGAGGGAAGACUACAGACAUUUUUUCCCCAAAGUUUGCUAAGGAAUCAAAUGCACAUCGAAAUUAAUACCUCAAUCAAAUACAUUUCCUUUACGAUCA